AUGUUGUCGAACUCAUUGACGGCUCUCAUCAGCACUGUGCUCUAUGCAGUUGUUGCCAUUCUUGUCACUCUAUUCUUCGGCAAGAAUCUUUUAACCGUCUAUUGGGCGAUCAUUCUUUUUGUUCAACUAUUUUUCUUCUGCUUCAUAGCCAGACUCGUAUUCACCCCAGCCACCACCAAGACAGCUCUGAACGGUCAAUGUUUGAUGAACUCGGUGAAAGCGGCAAAAGCUGAACAACCGGCACCUUCUGGAGCCAAUUAUUAUCAGAAUUUCAGCAAUCAGCCCACCCCCAGACCUCAACCCACCUACCACUAUGUUGCAGCAAGACCGGCGAGACCAAACCCCCAGCCACAAACGACAAGACUUCCUGGAUAUGGGCAAGGAACGGGAGCAACGUUGGGCGGUCGAACAGCAACGACGACUGCACAGGCUUCUUCCUCUCGAAAUACCCUGGACGCACCAAGAGCCUACAAUCCCUAUGAUUGGCUCGAACACAACACCAUUCCACAGUCAAGACCGUUGAAAGAUUGGGUGAGCGUGUUGGGGGCUCAACGAAAAAUGGCUCACAUCCUCGACACGAUCGAGCAGCAUUCCUUGUGGAGUGACUACCGCUUUUUGAUGAACACAAGCUAUUCGGACAAAGUGCAAAAUCGAUAUCAAGGCAGUGCUUCAGCUCAGCUAGCAUUGGACCGCCUGAACGAAACGCUUGAGCUGAUCUCAAAGUAUGUGCAGUUCAUUUUGCCGACGAAAUUGGCGCAAAUCGGAAGAGUGGCUGGAACCCCACUCAUCAAAGAUCUCGAUUGGCUUCAAACGGGCAUCGAAGUGGAAAUGGCUGGAAGGCAGAUGAUUGUGGAGGGCCUCGAUGAAGAGCUUCUCAUUUAUGGACUCCCAUUCUUCCUCUUGAGAAACAACACGAUUCGAUCGAUUUGGUUCUGGAAAGACACGGCGGGAACACAGUGCGCUUUCAUGUCGCCAGAAGUCGACUUUCCUAGAGAUCAACGAACUCGGGUGGUAGACGUUUGGAAGCGGGCAAGAGCCGAGAGGAAUCCCCGUCCACGAAACGAGCACAGAAAUCUGCAAAGACCGAAUCGACCGGGAACCGCAAUGCCCAGGAACAGGGCUACUUCAGCAAACAACAACGACAACAAUGGAAACCGUCCAUCAAUUCCCACCACUAUGCCGGCCGUUCCCUCGUCCGCCACCACUCAAGGCAUCGAGGAUUUGAGCUGCCCGAUUUGCUAUGAAGACUACAACGCGGAUGACUCAAAACCACUGAACCUCGUCCCAUGUGGACAUUCGGUUUGCUCUACGUGUCGACCAAGAAUCCACCAAUGCCCGACAUGCCGCUCGAGUAUCACUGGCAGCUCGGUGGCUUUCACUGUAUUGGGUGUCCUCGAGGCGCUGUCGAAAGAGAACGCCGAGCUGGCUGCACUUCGAGCACUGAAGGAGACACAAGAACGUGAACUGAAAGAGCUGAAGCAGAGAGAAGAGAAGCUGAAAGCGGAACUCAAAGCGGCCAAGACUGCCCCAAAAGUAGAGACCCCUGUUGUUGAGUCGAAAGAGGGAGGAAGACCAGGAAGGCAAAAUGAGCAACCCAGAGAUCUGAGUAACAACCAGAACAAGAUCUUCAUCGAUCAAUUGCCGAACGAGUUCACGGUAAAGGGCGUGAUCGAGGUGCUUUUUAAUGGAGAAAAGGACUUGAUGAGGCAUGAGAGUGGAAGGCCCGAUGUCUCUCUUCGCCAAGCCGGUGACCAUCAAACGUGUGUCGCGAAUUUCACCUCAAUGGAGGCGGCUGAGAGGGUGAUUUCAAAGUGGAACGGCAUGCUCAUGGACAAUUGCAAGAACCUCUUCGUUCGAAAGUUCAUCAUUGCCAACAACGAACAGCCGCAGAAUCAAAAAAAUAGGAAGAAAAAUGACGGUAAUCAACGACGGAACAAACAAAACAAUCAAAACAAUCAAAACAACCCAUCAACGUCGAGACAAGGACAAAAUGGACAGAAUCUAGCGGCUGGGAAGAAAAAUGGGAACUCGAAUGGAGAUACUACAACAACUGAUGCUGAAAAAAAGCGAUGCCGCCUUCGACUCACCAAAAUCCCACACGGAAUCGACGAGGAUUUCAUCCGAUUGCUCUUCCAUGGGAAAUUAAUUGACGGAGUUUAUUGCGAGAUCGGGAUAGAUAGAGGGAAACUUUUAAUCGAUUUUGUUCCGGCAACGAAGGAAACGUCUUGUGACGGCCGAUGCAUCAUCACCAUGGGUACGCCAGAGGCAGCGAAAAAGAUUCAAACCAAGUUCUGCAACUGGACCAUCCCAGGUUCGAACAACAAGUUGGGAGUCGCCUACUGGCCA